AUGGAGGUGGCUAAACGAUUGGAUGCUCUGAGGACAAGUCGUGGUCUUGUUUACAACCUUGACCCGAAUCAAGAGAACAGUCCCAGCGGUUCGCUGAGUGAUAAUGACGACGAUUCUUCUGAAUCCGACAAUGAAGCAGUGGCUGAGCACAACAAUGAUGUAGUCCCGGUGGAGCCCAGCGAAAAGACCCAAAGUCAGUCGGGUCAUGAAGCGAACGAUGGUAAAAGGAAAAGGCGUAAUGACGAUGAAAAACUAGAUGAAGUGGUGAUCAAAUUCAGUCACAUCUCUCUUGACACUGAGGAAUCUGCCAACAAGGAUAGCCGCACGAGUGAUCUUGCCGAUAAACCGAGUUCCAUGAUAACUGUAGUUAGACCUUCUCAAUGUCAAGAUAAAUUCUCCGGCGGUGGUCAUGGAAAUCAGGGUGCUGUAGACUCACGUCCACUUAGACCUGCGGAGAGUCCGGAAAGGAAGGUGGUCACAAGGUCGGCUGAAAGAAGGAAAAGUCGAUCGAGUUUCGACAUUGGGGUGGAAGAAGGAAACACCCAAAGAGAUAAACCAAGAGGUCUAGACGAUGGAGUUCGAAGAAGGAGAGCAACAAAGAGAGAUUUGUUUCCGAAUUAUGUGAAGCCCAGCGGAGAGCCAGCGAGGUUCUUGGGAAGUCAAGAAUUUCGAAUCAGGCCAAGGAAGAAUUACCAAGGUAUAUGGGCGAAAGUUAGUGAAGAGUUAGGAGAAUUAUGGGGUAAGAGUCAAGAAGGGAAAGCCGUGCCUUCUCUCUUGGAGAGAGAGAUUGCGGCAUUCAUGAGUCAAAGAGGGAUCGAGUGUGUUGAUGAUUGGAAAGAAUAUGUGAGAACCAUGGAGCAAGAUGGGGAAACAAUGGCAGAUAUCUGUGAUAUGCUGAGGACAGAUGUAGUCCACGUUAAAGGAGAAAUAGCAGCUCUCUUCAGGAGCAGUGCAAGAGCAAAGAAGAGUCUAUUAGGGCCGAAAACAGGAUAG